AUGACCAGGACCAGGAUUUUCCUCCUCCUGUCGAUGGCCCUGGCUUCCGCUUUCUGCUUCAACUUGGACAUAGACCAGCCAACAACCUUCCAUGUGGACAGCGCUGGGUUUGGAUACAGCGUGGUCCAGUAUGCCAACUGGCUGGUGGUUGGAGCCCCCCAGGAGAUAAAGGCUUCCAAUCAAACGGGUGGCCUCUACCAGUGCAACUACAGCAUGGGCAAGUGUGAACCCAUCCCCCUGCCGGUGCCUCCAGAGGCUGUGAACAUGUCCCUGGGCCUGUCCAUGGUGGCCACCACCAGCCCCUUUCGGCUGCUGGCCUGUGGCCCCACCGUGCACCAUGCAUGCAGGGAGAACAUGCACUUGACCGGGUUUUGCUUCCUGCUGGUCUCCCCGUCCCGGCAGGCCCAGAGGAUCCCGGCUGCCCUGCAGGAGUGCCUGAGGCAGGAGCAGGACAUUGCCUUCCUGAUCGAUGGUUCGGGCAGCAUCUCCUCCACCAAUUUUGCCAAAAUGCUGAACUUCGUGAAGGCUAUGAUGAGCCAGUUCCAGAGUCCCAGCUCCCAGUUCUCCCUGGUGCAGUUCUCCCACAAGUUCCAGGUGCACUUCACUUUCAAAGCUUUCGCAGCCAGCUCAAACCCACUAAGCCUGCUGACCUCCGUACAGCAGCUGAGUGGGUACACGCACACGGCCACAGCCAUCAGGAUGGUCACAGAACAGCUGUUCAGUGCCUUAUAUGGGGCCCGAAAAGAUGCCUCCAAAAUCCUCAUCGUCAUCACCGAUGGGCAGAAAAAACAGGACCCUCUGGAUUACAAGGAUGUCAUUCCCAGUGCUGAGGCUGCUGGCAUCAUCCGCUAUGCAAUUGGGGUGGGAUUGGCUUUUCAAAAUAUACAUUCCUGGCAAGAAUUAAAGGACAUCGCAUCGAAGCCCUCCCAUGAACAUAUAUUUAAAGUGGAGAACUUUGAUGCUUUGAGAGACAUUCAAAACCAACUGAAAGAGAAGAUCUUUGCCAUUGAGGGUACGCAGACUAUAAGCAGCAGUUCCUUCGAACUGGAGAUGUCCCAGGAGGGCUUCAGUGCUGUGUUCAUGCCUGAUGGACCAGUUCUGGGGGCUGUGGGGAGCUUCAGCUGGUCUGGAGGUGCCUUCCUGUACCCCCCAAAUAGGAGCCCCACCUUCAUCAACAUGUCUCAGGAGCACACGGACAUGAGAGACUCUUACCUGGGUUACUCCACAGAGCUGGCCGUUUGGAAGGGGCUACACAGCCUGGUCCUGGGGGCCCCCCGCCAUCAGCACACAGGGAAGGUUGUCAUCUUCACGCAGGUGUCCGGGCAAUGGAGGCCGAAGGCUGAAGUUACAGGGACCCAGAUCGGCUCCUACUUCGGGGCCUCCCUCAGCUCCGUGGACGUGGACAGAGAUGGCAGCUCCGACCUGGUCCUCAUCGGGGCCCCCCAUUACUAUGAGCAGAGCCGGGGCGGGCAGGUGUCCGUGUGCCCCUUUCCCUGUGCAGGGAGGGCUAAGUGGCAGUGUGGUGCUGUCCUGCGAGGGGAGCAAGGCCAUCCCUGGGCCCGCUUUGGGGCAGCUCUGACGGUGCUGGGGGAUGUGAACGGGGACUGGCUGACGGACGUGGCCGUCGGGGCCCCGGGAGAGCAGGAGAACCGGGGUGCUGUCUACCUGUUUCACGGAACCUCGGGACUGGGCAUCAGCCCCGCCCACAGCCAGCGGGUCACAGGCGCCCAGUUCUCCCCCGGCCUCCAGUAUUUUGGGCAGUCACUGAGCGGGGGUCAGGACCUCACCAUGGAUGGACUGAUGGACUUGGCUGUAGGGGCCUGGGGGCACGCGCUGCUGCUCAGGACCAGACCUGUGCUUAGGGUGUGGGCACACAUCCACAUCACACCUCCAGAGAUCACCAGGUCUGUGUAUGAAUGCCACCAGCAGCUGGCCUUUGCCCAGUCUCUGGGUGAGGCCAUUGUCUGCCUUCGUGUUUCUCAAAGUCCCAAGAACCGGCUGGCCAACCUCCAAAGCGUUGUGACCUUUGACCUAACCCUUGACCCUGGCCGCCUGAGUCCUCGUGCUGUCUUCGAGGAGACAAGGACUCGGAGUCUGACUCGUGUUCGAGACCUGGGGCUGACACAGCACUGUGAGCCCGUGAGGUUGCUCCUGCCGGCCUGUGUGGAGGACUCGGUGACCCCCAUCAUCUUGCGUCUCAACUUCUCCCUGGUGGGCAAGCCUGUCUCUGGCUUUGGAAACCUCCAGCCUAUGCUGGCAGUGGAUGCCCAGAGAUAUUUCAUGACCUCUCUCCCCUUUGAGAAGAACUGUGGUGCCGAUCACGUCUGCCAGGACGACCUCGGCAUCUCCUUUGGGGUCUCAGGCUUGAAGACCCUGAUUGUGGGGAGUAACCUGGAGCUGAACUUGGAAGUGAGAGUGUGGAAUGAUGGAGAGGACUCCUAUGGAACCACAGUCACCUUCUUCUACCCGCCGGGGCUAUCUUAUCGACGUGUGGCGGGGGGCCAGAACCAGCUGCAGUCACGUGCCCUGCGCCUGACCUGUGACAGUGCCCCCACCGGGAGCCAGGGCACCCUCAGCACCAGCUGUAGCAUCAACCACCUAAUCUUCCGUGAGGGGGCCCAGAUCACCUUCAGGGCCACCUUUGACGUCUCCCUCACGGCCAUGCUGGGAGGCCGGCUGCUUCUUGCAGCCAAUGUGAGCAGUGAGAAUAACACCCCCAAGAUGAGCAAGACCACCUCCCGGCUGGAGCUCCCGGUGAAGUAUGCCGUGUACACCGUGAUCAGCAGCCAUGAACAAUCCACCAAGUACCUCAACUUCUCUACCUCCGAGGAGGAGGAAAGCAGCAGGGCUCAGCACAGAUACCAGGUGAACAACCUGGGACAGAGGGACCUGCCUGUCAGCAUUGACUUCUCAGUGCCCGUGGAGCUGAACCGGCUGACCGUGUGGAAGGAUAUGGAGGUCCUCCACCCUCAGAACCCAUCCAUUCAGUGCUCUUCAGAGAGAACAGUGCCCACAGAGUCCGACUUCCUGACCCACUUUCAGAAGAAGCCUGUCCUGGACUGCUCCACUGCUGCCUGCCUGAGGUUCCACUGUGACAUCCGCUCCUUCGGCGUCCAGGAGGAACUUGACUUCAUCCUGAAAGGCAAUCUCAGCUUCGGCUGGGUCAGCCAGACACUGCAGAAGAAGGUGUUGGUUGUGAGUGUAGCUGAGAUCACGUUCAACAGAUCCGUGUAUUCCCAGCUUCCAGGACAGGAGGCAUUUUUGAGAGCCCAGAUGGAGCUGGUGCUGGAGAAGUAUGAGGUCUAUAACCCCACCCCCAUUAUUGUGGGCAGCUCUGUGGGAGGACUGCUGCUGCUGGCUCUCAUCACAGCCAUACUGUAUAAGGUUGGCUUCUUCAAACGUCAGUACAAGGAAAUGAUGGAGGGAGCAAAUGGACAGCCUGCUCCAGAAAAUGGGACAGGAGACCCCCAAGUUGCCCAGUAA